AUGGCCGCCGCGGUGGGCGAGCCGCCGCCCGCCACGCCGCAGCCGGCGGAGGGCGUGACGGCGUCGGCGCCGGCGUCAGGGCAGAGGUCCGUGCCCACGCCGUUCCUCACCAAGACGUACCAGCUGGUGGACGACCCGGCGGUGGACGACGUCAUCUCGUGGAACGACGACGGGUCCGCCUUCAUCGUGUGGCGCCCGGCGGAGUUCGCCCGCGACCUCCUGCCCAAGUACUUCAAGCACAAUAACUUCUCCAGCUUCGUGCGCCAGCUCAACACCUACGUGAGCGCCUCGUCCCCGUUGCAUCCAUCGUUUCGUCUCAAAUCUCAAUCGCUUUCCUUUCCGUGCCGUGUAUCGUCUCGUCUCGGCGUGGUGCUGACUGUUUGUUGUGAUCCGGGGUUCCCACGGGUGCAGGGGUUCAGGAAGAUCGAGCCGGACAGGUGGGAGUUCGCGAACGACUGCUUCCGCCGAGGGGAGAAGCGGCUGCUGUGCGACAUACACCGCCGAAAGGUGACGCCGGCCGCGGCGGCCACGGGGGCGGUCACGGUUGCUGCCGCGGCGGCGGCCAUCCCGAUGGCGCUGCCCGUGGGCUCCCCGGUGUAUUCCGGCGAGGAGCAGGUGCUGUCGUCAAGCUCGUUCCCCGAGCCCCCGUCGCUGCAGCCGCCGGCGCCGUCCGGGUCGGGCUCCGGCGAGGUGGCCUCCGGCGACGUGGGCGAGGAGAACGAGCGGCUGCGGCGGGAGAACGCGCGCCUCGCGCGCGAGCUCGGGCAGAUGAAGAAGCUCUGCAACAACAUCCUCCUCCUCGUGUCCAAGUACGCCGCCACUCAGCAGCAGCCGGACGCCGCCAAGCAGGCGGCGGCGGCGGCCGCGGGGAACUGCUCCGGCGAGUCGUCGGAGGCCGCCGCGGCGUCGCCGCCUCCGCUUCCUUCGAUCCUGGAGCUCCUACCCUCGUGCCGCGGCGACCCCGCGCCCGCGCCGGCAGCGGGAGCGGAGCACGAGGCUGAGAAGGCGGGCGCCAGGCUGUUCGGCGUCUCCAUUGGGCGGAAACGAAUGCGGGACGAGAGCAACGGCGACGCUGGCGGCGGCGUGGCGGACCACCCCGCGAGGCGCGCGGCGGAGGUGAAGGCGGAGCCGGUGGAUGCCGCGCAUCCCGACCAGCAGCAGGAGCACAACGCGACGGAGCCGAAGCCGCAGUCGUGGCCCAUUUACCGGCCCAGGCCCGUGUACCUCCCGCUCCGGGCCUGCAACGGCUCGGGCAGCGCCGGGAGUGACCACGACGGGUCCAACAACUCGAGGUGA